ACAGAAAAUGGAAUAACCAGGCCCAAACAACCGGAGCAACACAUUUUUCGCAGCCAUUUUUCCUCUCUCAAGCGUUCAAUCCCUCAAUGUUCUUCCCUUCAUCUGCUCAAUCUCAAGAACAUUCAAAAUAAAAACGAUGAAUGCGAACAGAGGCAUCUUUGCGCUGGUAAAAUCUCACCAGCUUAUCCCUUCGAACAUUAGGGUAUCUUCUUUUCAUUCCACGCAUAUCCUCGAACGCAAGAGACGCUCAUAUUUUGAUCCUGUUAGUCUCUCUUUCUCUCUAUAUUGCUAUUUCUUUGUGUUUAUUUGGUUUGAACUGGGAUAUUUUGAAAUGGGUACGCUGGAUUUAUAUGUAUCUAUGCAUUUUUGCAUAAAAGAAGAUGUUUUGCGCAGACAUGCUGUCAUGUUCUGGUAUGAAUACUUGUAAAGGUUCGAUCUUUUCAUGUUUAAUGGCGGAAUGUCUGUGUUUAGUUCCAGAAGUUUCUUGAAAUUGAGAUUAUAUGUGGUUGGUUUCUUGUAUUGUGGAAUGGGGCUCUGCCAAAAAAAUUGAAUUUAAGUUUUUUCCUAGGGAAGAAGGGCGAGUAGGAAGGCUCCAUCAAGGAGGUUUAACUAUGAGAACAAAAGAUUUAGGAAAUUCAAUGCAAAACAAACAUUGUUGCGAAAUGUCAGUUCAUUUGCGGAUGAGUUAUUUCAGAGCUGGCAUUGUGAUUUUAAUGACGACUAUGAUUCUUCUUCAAGCCAAGGUUGGAGGUGGUUUGACGAGGAUUGUUCGUAUAAUGCAUCAAAUUCAAGCAGAUCAAGGAACAAAGGGCGGUUUGAUGAGGAUUUUUCGUAUAAAGCAUCAAAAUCCAGCAAAUCUAGGAGCAAGGGAUCCCAUAAAUGGAGUGAGUUACGGUUUGUUGAUGAUUUGGGCUUAGAAGUAGAAAACUUUUUCCGUACUGGUUUCGGUGGAAAACACAGCUUCAGUUGGUCAUUUGUAAAUGAAGAUUUCCCACAUAGACAUUCAUCGCGUCACUCUAACACUUAUGGGCAUUCAAAGCAGAGGUUUAGGCAUAAAUAUGAGUAUGAUGAUGAUGAUGAUUAUGGAUCGAGAGAACUUGAAAUGCGCCAAACUGAUUUGAGGUCCCAGCGACUUGCCCUUGGCUUGAAUGCCUCCGGUCCCUUAAAUCUUGAAGAUGUCAAAAACGCAUAUCGUUCGUGCGCUUUGAAAUGGCAUCCGGAUCGCCAUCAAGGUCCUUCCAAGGUGGUCGCUGAAGAGAAGUUCAAGGCUUGCAGUUCGGCUUACCAAUCGCUGUGCAAUAAUAUAUCUCUCAACUAAUCAUCUGCCCCAGCAAGUGAAAUGACGUUUUUAGCCCUUAACGCGUGGCUCCUGUAAUGUUCUCUGUUCAUUUAGGUCAUAAACAAGAAUGCAAGACUGCCUCCAUAUGUAACCUAUUUUUCAUUGACAUUUUUCUUUUUGAAAGUUGUAAAUUGUGAUGCUGUGAUGUACUGUUAUUGCCAAUUUGCCAUAGACACAGGCUUAAGGUUAUA